AUGGGCAUCAGGAAGCGCGAAACCAUCAUCUUGGCUGUCUCGGCAUUCAUCGCCAGAAGGGUCGAGCGACCAGCGACCAGCAACCGACUUCAGGAGAGACCGUCUUCUUCGGAAUGGACUGUUUUUUUCCCGUUUCGUCGGGUCGCGUUUUUGGCUCACGAAUUGCCAGACGGAUUUGUGCAUGAGCAGGCGGCCUAUUGA